AUAGAUAAAUAUAUAUUUGUGUGUGUGUGUGUGUGCUGUUUUUUUUUUGUUUUGUUUUUUUAUUUUUUUGCACACACAAAUUCCGAUUUAAUUAAGAGUGUUUGUGUGGGUGCACCUUUAUACCUAUGCUGGCCCUGGCCCCGCCCACCACGCCGCCCCCUCGAAAUGCCCCGUUAGCCGCGAAAUCGAAUCGUUUUUCUGCAACCGCAAUGCUGUCAAAUGGCUCUGCUGGCGUCGCUGCCGACGUUGACGUCGCUACCGCCGUCGCUGGCGACUGCGAUGAGCGAACGCUUCUGCUAAGCGAAGAAUUGGUUGUUGUUGCACCGUCGCCCCCGCUGCCAGCAUCGUCCUCAGCCGGUGGCGCUGCAACUGCGCCGCCGACGUCGCUGCCUUUGGUGCACACAACAGCAACAACGCAACAAAACAACAACAAUGUUAACAACAACAACAAUGCCUUGCUUGUGGUCAGUGCUAAAAACAUGGCUAAUAAUAAAAAUAAUACAAAUAACAGCAAAUGCAAAAACAACGAGGCCAGCAGCAGCAGUAGCAACAACAACAAUGCAGCUGCGGCAGCAACAACAACUGGGGAUAUAGAACCGGUAACAAUAAUAACAACAGCAACAACAACAACAGCUGAUGAGGAGGAUAUGUCCAGCGAUCUGAGCGAUAAGUUCCCACGCCCCCAAAAGAAACCCGGCAAACUAAGCAAACUGGGCACCAAAAGCGUCGGUCUCAAACGCGUGUCUUUUGGAUCCUCGAAGGGUUCCAUGGUGGAGACACUCGUUUUUGAGACGCCGACGCCGUUGUCGGAGCACAUGGAGUCCACGUUUGGAUUCGAUGCGGCAGCUGAAUCUGCUGCCGAUACCGCCGCUGCUGCCGCUGGUCAGCCGCAGCUGGCGUCGACGCUACCGUCGCAUCUGCCGCUAGCCGGUGGCUACAGUGGAGACUAUACGAAGGGGAAUAUGGAUGAUAGCGGCAUCGAGGUGCAGGAAGAAUCGGAACGUUCGAUAGUGCGCGUUUCCAUUUACCAAAGCAGCCAGCCGCAGCAGAUCUGUCCACCGGCGGAUUACCUGCUGGUCGCCCUAGACGGAGGCUAUAACUACAACAGCAACCUACUUGACUGCAUGACGAUGGCCACGACGGCGACGGGGAUCCAACAGCAGCAGCAGGUGCUCGGCCUGGGUGCGGCCUACGAUCGACAGCAAAGCACUGAUUCGGGUUGGGACAACCCUUUUCGUCCAGGCGGCGAUCUGUCCAGAGAGGCUGAUGAAAUUGUCAACAUGAUCAGAGGCGGCAAGCCCAUCACACCCACAGAGGAGCGGACAAUUGGCAAUGGGAGCGCCCAGCAUGGGGAUGACAAUUGCAACGGUGGAGCGGCGAUUGGCGAGAGUGUAACCAAAUCAAACCUCUCGCAGAAUCUAGCAACAGCACAAAAUGGUACAAAUUCCCAUGCCUCUGCCUCUGCCGACGCUGGCGCCGGAAAAGCAGCGACGGCGAGCGAUCUAAGCGGCGGAAACGGAAAUAACGGGGUCACUUCGCUGGGACAGGUGUCCAAACAGGUGGUUCCGGGACCGACGUCCGCUAGUCAUGUGGUCAUCGACGAGAAGAAGAACAAGAAGAAGGGCUGCUGCGUCCUGCAAUAAUCGGGGAGAAAAACAAAAAACAAACGACGGGGGACAACAAAAACAAAACAAAAACAAAAAUCAACAAAAAAAAAAAGUAGAAGAGAAAUGAAAUGUAGAAGAAGAAGAAGAAGGGGACGGGCAUUUUCCGGCUAGCCGUGUUUUUUGAUGUUAAUGUUUUAUGGGGAAGAAAAUAAGAAGAUGACGAAGAAGAAGCCGAGCUGUUGAUAUUUUUCAUGCCGCAUAAAUCGCUUUGCUUAGCUUUGCAAGACGAAACCGAGACGACAAAAACAAAAACAA